AUCACGAAAGAUUCAGACAGGAAGUGUUUCUAGCGGAGCCCCGACAACCAGCUCAGCGCUUCUGGUAGUAGGUCAGACAGGGAUGGCGGAUUUGUCACUUCUAUUUAAUUAAUGCAAGUAUUUCCGCGGGACAAACUAUGGAAGUUGAAAAGGUUUCAGAGGGAGCGGCAGACUUUGAAAACGUAGAGAUGGGCGAGCCUGUGCGGAAGGCGAAGGUUCCCCGCAAGACCAUCUACUUUGCCAGCGGGGAAACUAUGGAGGAGUACAGCACUGACGAAGAGGAGGAAGAAGAGGAGCCAGUGAAGAAAGAUGUCACACCCGUUGAUCCGUCCAAACUUACCUGGGGUCCAUAUUUCUGGUUUUACAUGUGGAGAAUGACCACUUCUACAAUCUCAGUGUGUGACUUCAUGGGAGAGAAACUGGCAUCUCUCUUCGGCAUAACUACUCCUAAGUACCAGUACGCUAUUGAUGAGUACUACCGUAUGAAGAAAGAAGAGGAGGAGGAAGAGGAGGAGAACCAUCUGGCUGAGGAGGCAGAGCGUCGCUUUGCAGAGCAGCGCAGAAGUGAUCAUAAUGAUCACUCGGAUUCACAACCCGCUACUGUAGCUCAGCCUGAGGCGUCAGGGGCUUCUUUUGUAAACAUUAGCUUUGAGCUUGAACCCGAACCUUCUCUCAGUGUUCCAGACACCAACAGAGUUCCUUCUCCACUGCCCUCCUGAAAACGGUCACUCCUAUACAGAGUCACUUGUACACCAGCUUGUACAAUCCUAACCUGCUUAGCUGUACAUGUUAAUAAUACUGAUAUUUUUCUAGUUUAUAAUUACUAGUACAGACAAAAGACAGCUAAAUGGACCGUGGAAGUGACUGAGUCAGCCUAAUUUGUGAAUGUGCAAUCACAUGCAAAACUCAGACAUUUAGCUCUAUAAAUGUGUAGGUCUAACAAAUUUACAUUCAGUACAGGUGCAAACUGAAAUGAAGGUCAACUCACAUGAAGAGAAAUUGAUUUCACUUUAAAAAUGAAAUGUUAUUGAGAAACAACCAAUACUGAGCCGGCAUCUACUGCAUGGUAGAUAAUGCUUGAGUUUUUGUUUUCGCCAGUGAACAGUUGACUCCAAAAAAAAGACUGUUUUUUGUUAUGCUUGUCUUUAACACUAAAUUGAAAUAAUUUCUGUUUAUUUUCCAGUUGUCACAAUAUAUAAUACAUUGUUAUGAAUAUUAUUUUCUUUUGUUAAAUUAGUCAAAUAUGCAGCUGUAUUAAAAUAAAGCAGAUCUAGUCCAAAACAUUGUGGAAUGUGCUAGAGACCAAACAUAUUGACCAUUGAAUUCUAUUUGAUAAUAGUGUUGCUCUCAUUCAUUGGUAAUACUUCUGUGCUGAGGAUUCAUCCUUUAAGUGUCCUUAUCUGAACUGUCAUAACUUUCUUAUGGGUCAGUUUCAUUCACUGAUUUGUUUGAGUGGUGUGAAAGGCGUGCUUAUGUGCAAACAACAUAUGCAAAUUGUUUGGUUGUUUGCCUUUGAAUGACCUUCUUAAUACAUAUUUAUAUUUUAUGUGUUAAUAAAACAUUUAAAAGA